AGGCAUCACAGUAGUGCGCUACAUCGAUCAAUCUCUCAGACCCCACGUUAUACCACAUUUCGCACGUCAUCGAAACAACGUUUCCAGCAUGACAACGCCCGUGCUCACAUCGCCAGAGUUACUCGGGACUUUCUACAGCAGAACGGUGUCAAUAUUAUGCACUGACCAGCCCUUAGUCCCUAUUUAAACCCGAUUGAACAUCUUUGGGAUGAAAUUCAGAGGAGACUUAAUAACGUUGUACCGAGACCAAACAUAGCCGAUGGAUUGCGCCAGGCUUUUCUGAGAGUGUGGUUCCAGGUAACAAUGGCGUCAUCAAUCGUCUGGUCCUCUCCAUGUACAGACGCUGCGCUGCUUUUAUUGACACUCGCGGUUGACACACCAGAUACUGAUGUAUAGACUGUGUACAGGCUCUAAACCUUCUCGUAAUGUCUUGUGAUGAAUUAAUCACUAAUGUGUCAACAUACUGUUCACAAAAAAUUGCUUUGAUCCAAUUAGUGUUCCAUGGUGGUGAAAAGCAGUGUCGUGUGUUGUACCACUUCUAAUUCAUUUGGUAUCUGCAGUUGGACCCAAAUAUGAAUUCACUGUUUUGCAUGCAAACUGUGGCAGCAGAGGCUGCAGCAGAUGCUGCCAUUUCAAAUAUAAGGAAACAACGAGAGCUGGAAAUGGAAAUUAAAGAGAUUGAUAAAAAAUGGUUGUUCGCCUUGAAACGUUUAAUAAAUGACAGACUCGACCUUCUGAAAGAAUUUGACAAAAUUGCUAAAGUGAAGGUUAAUCGAGAUUAUUUUAAGAAUGAUUUACGAAAAGCUAAAUUACAUAAUUAUACUGACCAUGUUCGAAAUCGUAUGAAUGAGCAGAAGUAUAUCAAAUCCCAUGAUAAUUUUGAUUUUCACGUGGAUCCCCUGGGAAAGAAUGUGAUAACCCAACCAAUGAUCAUGGAAAGUGACGGAAAAGGGGGCAGGGAGGCCAUAACAUCUAUCAGUUUAGACAAAAAGAAAGCAAAACAUAUACGAGGGCUCUCAGAACUUGAGGUUAAAAAACGGCGGUUUCGAAUUCCUAAAGUAAAGAAAAAGACUAAGAAAAGAUUGCUAGAAAAGGGAUUGCUCCCACUGCCCAAGAAAUCUCAUAUGAAACGCACGUCUAUCAAAGAACUAGAAGAUUUACAGGAAGAAGAAACAAAAGAACACAUAGAACACAAAGAAACGUCUAUAACAAUAAAAUAUUCACCAGCUGAAGAUGAAGCCGCACCUCAAAGUUUGUUCGCGGUUCCAGAAUUCGCCAGAACAUACAUACCACUCCCUGUUUUGCCUCUAACUCCUGAACCCAGUUUUGUGGAAUCCGAGAGAGAAAACUCUUUCGGUCUUCAAGUUCCACGAUCACCUUCAGGUGUUAGGCCGAGAUUGUUAUCACCCAUACCUCCCCAAUAUUUCGAGUCGGAGAUGUCACCUUACUUUGGAUUUAACGAGAAUUCGCUACUAGAAUUACCCGAAGAUCAUUAUCAAGACGACAACCAGAAUGGUUUUCCACAUCCCCCGCGUUCGCCAGUUCCAGAAGUAUCCCAUCAAGACACUCUUCAGCUACCCCAUUCCCAAAUUCCAAAAAUAUCUGAUGUUCCAAUUGUUUCUGUCCAGCCGCCUACAUCACCAUGUCCGGAGAAUAACAUGCACCAAGGUCAUAAACAUCGACCACACCUAGAGGAACUCUUGCUUAUACCACCUAGAUCACCAGUUCCAGAUCCUAAUGAACCGUCUUCGCCUCGACCUUCUCAAUCAUAUCUUCCACCGCCACCACUAUCGCCGAUUCCACCACACCUGGUUCUCAUAAAAGCUUCACGCGAAACACAGAGACAACUUGAUAAAGCUGUAAAAGAAAAGGAAUCUGCUGCAGAAAUCCAAUUACCACCAAUAAUUAUCGGACGCUCUAAACCCAAAUCCGUAAAAUUCGCAAUGCCUGAAAGUUCUACAAAGCCACGUAAAAAAGAUCAACCGGUUUCGAAACCCGCGUUAAAACCAUUGCCACCAAUACGAGACUUAACAGUUACAAAACCGCCGCAAGCACCUGUAGCUAAGACCCCAGGUGCUGCCAACAGACAAAAAGCAUUUUUUAAUUUAUCUCGCUCAAUGAAACCGACUGGUAUGCAAUAUAGAAAACUGUCUGCUGUUGUAGAAGAAUAAUAUGUGUAUUUAUGGUGAACAAUAUUCAACUGGGUCUAUUCAGUGUGGACAGCAGUUUUUUCCUGAGCUUUAUUGCUUGGCGAACUAAAAGACCUCACUUGUUUUCACCUUUAGGUAAUUUACUGUAAAAAGCUGGUACUAUUUUUAUCUUAUUUCUGCUGAUUUUUUUCACCGGUGAUACUAGGGUAAUUGUUAAUGAUUUAUUUAAUAUUUGUACACUAAAUAAAUUUUCUGCCAUUUAAUGCGAUUUAUUUUCAUAGAUGUUUAAGAACAUGUUUUAGAGUCGAUCGAUAUUAAGUGCUGAUUCUGUUCAAAUUUUUAUCGAAGUGGUUAUUUCUGUAAUCCAAGUCUUCGUUCUAUAAAUGGAACUGAUAUUGCUGGAUUUAUUGGCUAGUUCUGCAUCCAUUUUAUUACACGUGUGCAAUUCUCAAGUGGAAAUCUGUUUAACGUUUGCAUUGCGACGGGAGGUCAGGUCAGGUCAGUUCACGGGUGACGUUGCACCAGUGAAACCCGUCAUUACUGCAUCGCAGUUCUAGUUUUUACGUUGUUUUAUGUCAUAUUAAAUGUUUUUGUACUAUGCAUUGAGAAAGUUUUAUGAUGUGAUGGGUAUGAUAAGAAAUAGAUAUUAUUAUUAUGAUUAGAGAUGGGCCAAUACAAAAUUAUUCCUGCUGAUCAAAUUUUGUGACUUAAACUCGAUCGAAAACGAGUGACGCUUCUUGCUAAACUGUAGCAAGUAUGAAGAACUACGUUAAAGCCCAUCUACACUCAACCUUCUCAGCAAAUCCUGAGAUUUCCUACAAUUUUAUUAAUCUCUUUGACCCACCAGAAUCGAUUGCCAGGGCAAUGGCUUUAGAAGUGUUUUUGGCCUUUGAAAAGAUAUCUAAAUCCAAUUUAGUGGUAACUACAUGUAGUUCAAACUCUUUAGAUACAUGUCAUGUAUGUGUUUUCUAUAUUAGGUAUUAUCAAAUGUAUAUGACUUUGUCUAAAUGUACGUGUAUAGGCCUGUAUGCAUGAUGUCCUUAAUGAAUGUCUUGAUGCAAUAAACAUCUUAUCUUAU